UUUUCAUUUAUAUCAUCAAAAAAAGAACAAAAAAAAAAAUACGGAGUCCACUUUACAUGCUAGCUAGGUAGCUAGUGUACUUUGUCUUCUUACUGAUGGAUGAUUAUUAUUUUGUGCUUUAUCUUUCAAUAGAUAAAGUUUGAUCAUCAGAAUAUAAUUAAUUAAGGACUCAACUACUUUUUGGGUUCUUAUUACACAUUUCGUAUUCUACGAUUCAACUCCUCCUUCUUUUACAUUUCAUUAUUAUUUCCACAAAAACGCGUAAUAGAACUUAUAUAAACUCCUAUUUUUCUCCAUCUCUAGCACCAAACAAGUUGAACUUAUUAAAGAGUAGAGUGCCCAUUUUUUUUUCUUCUUCUUCUUCUACUUAUUACUUACCAAAAUUAAGUUUCUAGUUACUGUUUUGAUUUUUUUUUCCUUACCUGUUAGUAUUGUUUAAGUCAAGUCAACAAGUUACUGUUUUUGUUUGUUUUUCUUUUGUGGUCAAGAUGUUCCCACAAACUAGUGGCGACAAUGAGGCCGAUGGCACUGGUACUCUCACCGCCGCCGGCUUAGUGGUCGAUGCUGCUGCAGCUACUACUACUACUACCGCCAUGUUUGGCGAGAAAAAUAGCGUGUGGUUUCGUUAUGUGGUUCUAAGUAUCAGCGUUUUCAUUUCUCAUGGUGAUGCGGCGGUGGUAGCCUCGGAGCAAUUACCUGAUGAUGAUGAUGAUCAGAUCCAGAUCUGUUCUGAUAUUCAAAGAGACGACCAUCAUGUGAUUGACAUGAUCAUGAAGCCUGAUUGGUACUGGGACUGGGAGAGUCUUGUUCAGAUAGUGAAGGAGCAGAACUUAGUUGGUUUAAAAAGAAGAGGUGGCCUAGAUUGGGUUUUGUCACUAGUGGCCACAUCUCAAGACACUCACGAGGAAAAAAGUACCGAUGAGGAAAAAUGGAAGGCGCCAAUUAUUAGUAGUAAAGAAAAGGGAUUUUUGUAUUACUUAUUGCAAUCAUGCAAUGAUUGUACAAUUUUCCUUUUGGUUCUUUCAGCUGGAUUUCUAUUCGCCAUUGAAAGCAUGCAGCAAGGACCAAAAACUGGUUGGCAUGAUGGUACGGCCGUCCUUGUUGCCAUUUUUGUUAUUAUUGCUUCCUCUUCGGUUAGGAACUUCAUUGGCCAAAGAGAAUUGACAAAAAAGAUGAUCAAAGAUAAGAGCAUGCUUAUGGUGACAGUUGAGAGGCCUAAUGGAAUGAAAUCAAGGAUGGUCCUUUCUGAUGUCAAGGUUCGAGACAAAGUCUACUUGACUGAAGGUGAUCAUGUUCCUGGAGAUGGUGUGUUCAUAUCUGGUGAAAAGUUGAAGUUGGUUCAUGUGUUCAAGAAGUUUGAUGUUGAUAUGGACAAAAAUCCUUUUCUAUUAGCUGGUUCAAGAGUUGUGGAAGGCAAUGGCACCAUGAUUGUUACGUCCAUUGGUGAUAAAACUAUUUAUGGUGAGAUCAUACCAACCUUGUUGAGCUGUGAUAAUAAUUAUAUUGGUCAUGGACAAACGACACUUUUUGAAGAUUUGUUGAGUGUACCCUACGGUUACAUAGAAAAGUUUGGUCUUUUCAUGUCUGUAUUGAUUGCGUUUGUGGCGUUAAUUCGACUGCUCUUGAAGAAACAUGACAGUAAUUACAAUGAAUUGCCGGAGUUGAAAGGGCAUCUCAGCAUAGCUUAUAUGUUUAAAUUAUUGGAGAGGCUUGUUUCAAAACCACAAGGAAGGCUGUCCAUCUUAGUGAAUACUCUUGUGGUGUUUGUUAUAGGGAUUCAACAUGGAAUGCCUUUAGUAAUUGGCAUUUGUUUACACCAAUGGAGAAAGCAGAAGUUUCAUUCAAAUAAGGUGAAUCCUCAGAAUCUCUCCGUUUGUGGAACCAUUGGACUCGUCACAGUCUUAUACAUUGAUGCAACAGGUGACUUGAUGUGUAAGCAAAUGGAUGUUAAGGAAUGUUGGGUUGGUGGCAAGGAUAUUAGCAAAGAACCAGCUUUUGAAACAAGCCAAAUCGCAGCUAAUCAUGGCAAGUUAUACCAGGGGAUAAAUGUUUUGGUUAACUUGCCCAAGAUUUCACUUAGUUUCGAUGAUAACUUGCUCAUUUCUGGGGUGAAGUCAAGAUGGGGAGGAAAUGAGGAAUUUUUUGGUAAGGAAUUUGAAGUUGUGAAGUACAGAAGAUCGAUCUCUAGCAAGAAAAGUUGUGGGAUUCUAAUGAGGAGUAGAACAAGCAAUCAAGAAGAUCAGAUUAUGCAGCUUCAUUGGAACGGGCCUGCUUCAACGAUCUUGGGCAUGUGUACACAGUUUUAUGAUAGUGAUGGGAAAGUGUGUUCAAUGGAGGAAUCUCACAAAGAUAAUUUUGGGGAAGUAGUGAAAAAUAUGGAGGAGAAUGGACUUAGACCUAUUGCAUUUGCUUUUGGAGAGACUGAAGAUGAAAAUCUUAAAAAAGAAGACUUAACCUUAUUGGCAAUGUUGGGUUUGAAAUACUCUUGCAAGGAAGAUAUCAAGUUACUAGUGGAAACUCUUAGAACAGAUAAUGGGUUAAUUGUGAAACUAGUGUCAGAAGAUGAGCUAUCUAAAGUGAGAGCCAUUGCUUGUAACCUAGAUAUUUUCGGUGGACGAAAUGAUUACAUUGAAGUUGAAGGCGAAAGUUUUCAAGAAAUGGAUGAGCCAGAUAAGGAAAAACAUACCAUAGAGGCCAUUGUAAUGGGAGAUUUUCAUUCAAAGGAAAAGCUUUAUAUAGUUGAGAAGUCACAAAAGAAUGGUCAUGUAGUUGCAUUUUGUGGGGGUUUGACAGCAAAGGAUAUUCCGGCUAUGAAAAAGGCAGAUGUUGGGAUCAUCUUAGAAAAUAGAUGCACAGAGAUGUCAAGGCCUUUUUAUGACAUCUCAUUUGAGAAACUAUCUGCAACACAUGAGAUACGAAAGAAUAGUAAAUGCAUUUACCAUAACAUUCAAAAGUUCUUCCAACUUCAGCUCACUACCGGGGUAUCUGGGUUAACAAUAACCUUGAUUUCAACAAUAGUUUUAGGAGAUUCUCCAUUGACAUCCCUUGAUAUGAUUUGGGUGAACUUAAUUAUGUCUCUUUUGGGUGGUUUAAUGAUGAUGAUGGAGUUCAAAGACCAACAAGAGUACUUAAUUGUUGCUAAUUGCAAGCCAUUUCAUCGAAAUCAGUCACUAAUAACAAAAGUGAUGUGGAAAAACAUAGUAAUUCAGGUCGGCUACCAGAUUUCACUUUUGUUGAUCUUUCAAUGGGUGGGCUUGCUUAUGAUGAUGGAUAAAGAUGUCCUACAAACAAUAAUCUUUAACACUUUUGUUUUCUGUCAGAUCUUCAACCUAUUCAACAUCAUGAACAUAGAAAAGAUGGAAGUCUUAAAAGUUGUCAUUAGUAAUAACUAUUGGUUCCUUAUUACUUUGACAACUACUGGAGCUUUACAAAUAAUGCUUGUUCAACUUGGAAUAGGUCUUCUCUGCAAAAGUACGUUGAAUGUUCGAUGGUGGGUUUUAUGUUUAUUCUUUGCAGCAUUUUCGUCUCCAUUGAAGUGGGUCAUAGAAAAGAUUUUUGUUUGAACAAUUUUUUAUUGAAAUUAUUCUACUUAAUAUUCACAUUAUACAUAUUAUUUGUAUUGAUUUGUGUACUUGUUUAUGAUAGGAAUAAUGAGUUGGAAGUUAUUUUUUGAUAGGGUUUAUGCUCUGAAAAACUUGUAAAGAUAUUUUUUGAUUAUUAAACAAAGAGUUGAACAUUUAAUA